GAGGGGCGUGGCCACCCGGAACCUAAGAGCCCCAGUCCCGGAAGUUUCCCGUCAACGGCGGAUACUUCUAGCAGACGGAGGGUCCGUCAUCGGCUGGCGGCCCCUGGGUGACGUGUAGGCCCGGGAUCGUCGACCAUGGACGAACACUGCCUGGAGGAGUUCCGCCGGCGCUGGCAGGAGGAGUUGGCGCAGCAGGCGCUGAGGCGGCGACGGAGGCUCGAGGCCGGGGAGCGGCGCCCGCGGAGACCGGAGGCCGGGGCGCGCGGCGAGCCGGCCUCGGGGUACCUGGCGCUGGCGCAGGGUCUGCUGGAGGGCGCGGGCCGACCCCCGGCGUCCAGGCCCGGCCGGGCCGACAGGAGGGAUGCGUCCAGCCGCUCCCGCUCACCCCCGGACCGCGACGCCGUGGAGCCCGAGCCGCUGGUGGACCAGCUCAUCCGCGACUUGAAUGAGAUGGAUGAGGUGCCCUUCUUUGAUGUCCAGCUGCCUUACGAACUGGCGAUCAAUAUAUUUCAGUAUCUGAACAGAAGAGAGCUGGGUCGCUGUGCUCAGGUGAGCAAGACAUGGAAGGUGAUUGCUGAGGACGAGGUGCUGUGGUACCGGCUGUGCCAACAGGAGGGGUACCUUUCCCAGAACAGAAUCUCUGACUACUCCUGCUGGAAGCUCAUCUUGCAAGAGUGCCUCGCCAAGGAACACAUGAUAAGAACCAACUGGAAGAAUCGCAAAGGUGCCGUGAGCGAGCUGGAGCACAUUCCCGAUGCUGUUUUGUGUGACGUGCGCUCUCAUGAUGGCGUUGUCAUCGCAGGCCAGGCAUUUGUGAGUCUCCUGGCUGAGAAGUUCAAAGUCUCCCUGGUACACCUUCCUUCAGGGAUUCUUAACAUUUGGGACCUGAGGACCGGGAAGUUCCCUAUCUAUCGGUUUGAGCAUGAUGCAAGAAUACAGGCCCUUGCGCUCAGCCGGGAACAGGCCACUGUUGCCACAGCUUCUGCCUUUGACGUUGUGAUGCUAUACCCUAACGAGGAGGGCUGCUGGCAUGUAGCUGCGGAAUUUGAAGUCCAGAAACUGGUUGACUACCUUGAAAUAGUUCCGAACACUGGAAGGUAUCCUGUGGCAAUAGCCACCGCUGGGGACCUAGUGUAUCUGCUGAAGGCCGAGGACUCAGCCAGAACCCUUCAUUAUGUCUAUGGCCAGCCUGCUACGUGUCUGGAUGUCUCAGCCAGCCAGGUUGCCUUUGGAGUGAAGAGUCUGGGAUGGGUGUAUGAAGGAAACAAGAUCCUGGUGUAUAGCCUGGAAGCAGAACGCUGCCUCUCGAAGGUAGGCAACGCGCUUGGAGACUUCACUUGUGUCAACCUCCGAGACAGCCCUCCCAACCUAAUGGUCAGCGGCAACAUGGACAGAAGAGUGAGGCUCCAUGACCUCCGCAGUGAUAGAAUUGCACUGUCGCUGGCUGCCCAUCGGCUAGGGGUGUCUGCAGUCCAGAUGGAUGACUGGAAGAUUGUCAGUGGAGGCGAGGAGGGGCUGGUGUGUGUCUGGGAUUACCGCAUGAACCAGAAGCUGUGGGAGGUGCACUCCAGGCACCCUGUGCGCCACGUCUCUUUCAAUAGCCACAGCUUGAUCACUGCCAACGUACCCUACGAGAAGGUGGUACGCAACUCCGACCUGGACAACUUUUCCUGUCACAGGAGACAUCGAGGCCUGAUCCAUGCCUAUGAGUUUGCCGUUGACCAGCUGGCCUUUCAGAGCCCUCUUCCUGUCUUCCGCUCCGCCUGUGGCACCGUGGCCGGGUACAGCUAUGACCUAGCACUGUCUUUCCCCUAUGACAGUGCUUAGGGCCUCACUCACAAAGAAGUGGGAAGGGCCACUUUUACAAAUGUUAGAGCUGUAGGAAGCUCUGUAGCACACAGUGGAAGUUUGGGGACAGUGACCUCCCCACCCACCCCCUCCUGAGGUAUGCCUGUGGCCACACAGCCUUGCUGGCUCUGCAGCCACCUACAGAGCCUCUCUCCUCCUCCCUCCUAAGGAGAUUCACUUAUGACUCAGAGUUAACCUUUGCAGUGGCGCCUCCUCCUCAGCCUGUGGCAGCAGUGACACUCCUCCCUCCUUCCCCACGCUAGGGACACAGGGCCUUCACCUCCACUGUCUCCUGUGUGGUGCUAAGGAUAGAAGCAAGCGCUCGCCACCAGUCUGAUCCCUAGCUCUGAGUAGUCUCCUGACCCCACCCUCACCUGGGUGAGGACUCUUCAUUUCACUUGCCGUUCUGUCUAGUACAAGUGCUACAAAGGGAACAGCCAUCUUUCUGUAGAGAGGGAAAGGGCCACCCCAUAGGGAUGAGGGUGGGAGCUCAGUCUCUGAGCCUGGCUGGUGGCAUGUCUUCACUCAGCGGCUACAGCUCACCCGCCCACCUUCAGAGUGUCACGGGCAGCUCCACACACAGUAGCCAGGAGACCAGGCAGCUAACAGGCCUAUACAGAGACAGAGUCCCUGUCCCAGCAAAUACCAGCUCAAAAGGCAGCAGAGUUAACAGGUGGGCCAGGAAACUCCACAUUGGGUCUGUGCCUUCGGUGGGAAGAGGCUGACCCCUCUAGGCUGGUGUAAUAUUGAGAGCAGCCUAGACAUCGUAGAAGCAGGGUGCUCACUGGGCCUUGGUGACCUGUUUCCCAGUGCAGGGAUGGAACCUGGGGCCUCAUGUGUGUGCUAGGCAAGUGCUCUGCCACCAAGCCAUACCUCCAACCAAUAUGUGGUUUUGUGGCAUGAAAGAAUAAGUCCAUUGUCUAGCUGGACAAGAGCACAGAAGCAAGCUUAUUCUCCUUGCAGAGCGCCCCAGGAAAAGGACUUUGAACCACCCAGGUGGCAGCUCACCUCUUGCUGGGCUGGUGCCCCCUGCUGGCCUGGUCUUGCUGGGUCUUCACUCAAGCUUUCCCAGUCCAGCAGGUGGGCCACUGGAGAAAGUUCUGUCAGACAAGUUGGCUGUGCAGGUCAGCUCCCUUCCAGGCUGUGCAGCCAUGAAAGGCCACUGAAGAGCAGAUGCAGAGGUGACUAGAGUGAAGACAGUUUCAACCAUCUGUUCUCCCCCCCCCCCUCCAGCUUAGGAAAAGCACCAGUUUCAAGAAGGGGUGCCUAGGGACCUAGUCUUUCACACAGCAGCUCUGUGGGUGUUCUCUGCUGAGAGAUCCUCCUCCCCCCAAGAGCAGCAGAUCUCCCCCGAGAUCUGUCUCCACUGGCUCCUGAGGUUGCUGCCACUGCACCUGCUCACAGGGUGGGGGACAAGUGGUCUCCGUUAGCUCCCUGUGCUGCCUCUAAAGCCAGAAGACACCAGGACACACCCGUGGGAGCCAGAGGUGGCCGCACAUCUGCAGCUCACCUUUGUGCCUUAAUCGGCCACGUCUACUCUGUUAUUAAAGGUUCUGGACUGAC